UUUUUCCUUGAAAGACUUAUCUAACGUUUCUGAGCGGACGAUUCUUGCCAAGAUUUGCUCAGAAAGUGAGGAAAAUUCUCAAGAUACUAUCUUCUGUGUCAAGGGACAGUGAAACAAGAGACAUGUCGUCAUGACCUCUGUUACACCAUCAUAUCCUUGUACCAAAGAAACCUCAAAUUAUGCCAACCUGUGUCGCCUUCUUGUUGAAGUUGGAUCAGUUGUGUUAAGGGAGCUCUUUGACAGGAUAUGUCCACCAGAAAACCUUCAUGCAGUUCUGACUAAUCCCUUAAACCGUGCCAAAUUACAAACACUUCGAAAGAAGAGGGUCCUGAGUACCUCCCAGUGGGGGAAACUGGAUUCUGUCAUCAAAUGGUCAGUUUCCUCAGGGAACUUUGACAGCUCCCUACUGCUACUUCUUCUGAGGAAUAUCUUUGGUCUGACUCUCCCUGCCUCUGGCUGGAAUAACCUUCCUCCAGGAUCAGACACCUCUCCAGAAGCUGACAUCAAUCGCAUCAAGUUUUUCAGGGACAGAGUUUUCAGUCAUGCUGCUAAUGCUUCAGUUGAUGAUCCAACUUUCAGUCUGUACUGGAACAGCAUCAAAGACACUUUUCUGCGUAUUGGAGGGACCUGCUAUGAGGAAGUCAUAGAUGAUCCUACACUACAUUCUAUGGAUGCUGAUCUUGAAGAACACUUCCGAGAGCUUCUGAGAGAGUGGUUGAAAGAUGAUGACUGCAUCACAGACAAAUUUCAUGAAGACAAAAUUGUGAUAAAGGCCAGGAAGGAAGGAGACAAGGAGGAUUCCUUUGAUGUUGCUGAACAAAGUUCAUGGGAGAGAGGAGUCACAAUUAUGCAUAUCUGA